AUCGAGUUCAUUUAACUAAAGAACAACUUAUAGCCUAUUCUGAAAUCUCAAAAUAUUAUGUUACAGAGCUAUUAGAAAUUGGAGCAAACUACGAAGGUUAUUGGAAAGUUGAAUUGCUAGCUAAGCAAUUUGAGUGGGCAAUUGACAUUUUAGAAAUUGUACUUCUGAAUACAAUUUUUGUUUUUGGAUUUGAUAAUAGCACCAAUUAUAGAGUCUUUACUGAGAAUGCCCUAAUAGCGAGGAGAAUGAAUGUUGGCUAUAGUAGUAAACAACCAAUAAUGCAUCCUAGUUGA